AUGACAAAACCAAAUUGUGAUUGCCGAAAAAUUUCUAUAAUUGAAGGAGAAUUUGGUGAAAUAUUAUCAGACGACAAUAAUCAGAAUGACGAUAGAGUUGAAUCUACUGGAAGUUCGUCAUACGAUGAAUGUGAAUGUUCAACGAAUGAAAAAUUUUUUGAACCAAUUAAAAUCAAAUCAUAUACGAUGACUAAUGAUAAUGGAAUGGAAGUUGUAUUAAUAAGUUGGGGUGCCACUAUUGUAUCGAUCAAGUGUCCUGAUAAAUAUGGUGAAGUUGCUGAUAUCGUACUUGGCUUUGACGACUUACAAACUUAUUUGGAUCCAACAUUAAAUAAUUACAUCGGUUGUGUUCUCGGUAGAAGUGCCAAUCAUAUAAUGAAUGGAACCUUUAAGAUACAAAAUUUAGAGUACUUUUUAACAAAAAAUGAUGGAAAUAAGCAUCAUUUACAUGGAGGCAUUAAUGGCUUUGGUCGAAGAGUCUGGGAGCCGUACAUUGAAGAUGGUUCUCACGUGAUAAUGAGCCUUUUGAGCGACGAUGGCGAAGAAGGUUACCCAGGCUCUGUUUUUACUACAAUUAAAUUUCGAUUGACGAAUAAUAAUAGUCUAGAAAUAAAUAUGAGAGCUAGCACAUCAAAACCAACAGUCGUUAAUUUAUCACAUGGAUCUCUUUUCAAUCUUGCUGGUCAUGGAACCGGUAAGACUGAAUUGAUGGAACAUGAAAUUUCUUUAAAUUGUGAUCGUUGGACUUACACUGACUGUGAGAAUCCUAUACCAACUGGAAAAAUUCGCGACGUCGGUGGUACAAUAAUGGAUCUACGAAUGUCACGCAAAAUGAAAGACGUUAUAGAAAAAGUUCCACUAAAUAAAGGCUAUAAUCACAAUUUCUGUGUUGUUAGAAGUGUACAGCCGCAGGUUUCAUUGAUUUCCAGAAUAUCUCAUGCAAAAAGCGGGAGGUUUUUGGAGGUCUAUUCUGAUCAACCAGGUGUACAAUUUUAUACCGGAGGCCAAUUACCACCUUAUUCGCUGAAUGAAGGUGCAGACUCCGACGAUUGCAAUAAAAGUUGUCAUGAUUCUUCGAGUGGCGGUGAUUGCGAAUGUUCGUGCGACUGCGAAACCGAAAUCAUGGGGAGCCAAUCUUCCACGGUGGAAUAUUUGCCUGGAAAAUGUGGAACAAAGUAUACGCAAUUUGGUGCUUUUAGCGUGCAGCCACAGAAUUAUCCAAAUGCUAUAAAUGUCAAAAAUUUCCCAUCCUCGGUUUUACGGCCAGGACAAUUUUAUUAUCACGAUCUCAUUUAUAAAUUUGGAGUUCAUCUGAAUAAUCCAAGAUAA